AAUUGUACACAGACGGCAAAGAACCGACUCCGGCGUCACUGUACUCAAAUCCCGGCUGAGUUUUCGGACAGUCUGGUGCGCAAGUAAACCAGUGAAGACGGACUGGUGCAAUCUUCAUUCAGUCUCCCUCACAACGUGACCGAGGCCAUUGGAAGCCUUACGGAUGGCAGGACUUCUGAACCUGUGAGCCGGCCUUUGAGGUGCCAAAACACACCGGAACAGGAGGUGACAGGAGCUGAGAUUGACAGGUGUUGGCAGCACGUUGGUCACAUGUUUGAGGUGUUGAGUGGGCGGAUGGUUGGAGAAAAUAACUUCCUCUGAAAUAUAAUAACGCCAUUAAGGCUGUUCCCGAGCCAUGAAUUGUGCUCCCGGCCUCGCGUCGACCAAUGGACGAGGAUGAGGUCAUGUGAGUGUGCACCGUCGUCGCAGUGCCGCGGACUCGUAGCUGGGCGAAAUCUCACCUCGAUGGACUGGGGGCCCCUUCUGCACGCGGUUGACCUCCGGUCGUCAACCUGAGAGGCGGAAUCUACGGCGCCCGCAGCAGGAAACGGAGCCGGGUCUCCGCGGCUCGAAUAUUGCAGAAGAUAGAGACCACGUUCAUUCUGCAUCAACAAUUCCGAUCUGCAGCUCGCCAGAGGAAUGCACGACCGAAAGCUGUUCCCAUGAGGACAGACACCUGUGUGUUUGGGGGACGGGCGCGGGAGCCCGACCAUGGGGGAUACGGCGGACUACCAGAGACUGCAGGAGACGUCGGACUCCGACUACCAGCGGCUGCCCAGCGAUGGCGAGGAGAAACUGGGCAGUAGCAUGCAGUGUGAGGAAGGUACAGAAUGGUUGCUGGAGCUGCUGAUGGAGGUGCAGUUGCAGCAGUACCUCCUCCGGAUCCGAGAUGACCUCAACGUCACGCGGCUGUCACACUUUGAUUACGUCAAGAACGAGGACCUGGAGAAGAUCGGCAUGGGUCGACCUGGACAGAGACGGCUGUGGGAGGCUGUGAAAAGGAGGAAAGCCAUGUGCAAGCGUAAAUCCUGGAUGAGCAAGGUGUUCAGUGGAAAGCGCCCCGACGGAGGAGACUUCCCCCAGCAGAGCCAGCUGGCCUCCUCCUUCCGUAAGCUGUCUCCCACACCUGCUCUGGGCUUGGGGGACGGGGUCCUGGCCACACAUCCCGGUGGCGGUGCUCCUCUCGAUGAGCAGCAGCAGCAGCAGCAGCAGCAGCAGGCCCUGACCUGCCUCAUCCCAGAGAAGGAUCUGACGCUGUUUGAGAAGCUGGGGGACGGAACCUUCGGAGUGGUGAAGAGAGGAGAAUGGCUGACGCCGGCAGGGAAGGUGCUGAAUGUAGCUGUGAAGUGUCUGAAGACAGAUGUGCUCAGCCAGCCCGAAGCUCUGGAGGACUUCAUCUGUGAGGUCAACGCCAUGCACUCCCUGGACCACCAGAACCUCAUUCGUCUCUACGGUGUGGUGCUGACGCAUCCAAUGAAAAUGGUGACGGAGCUGGCCCCCCUGGGUUCUCUGCUGGAGCGUUUGCGGUGUGUGCGUCCACAGGGCCCGGUGUUGAUCCACACUCUGUGCCAGUACGCUGUACAGGUGGCCUGCGGCAUGGCCUAUCUGGAGCAAAGGAGGUUCAUCCACAGGGACCUGGCAGCCAGGAACAUCCUGCUGGCCUCAGCUCACAGAGUGAAGAUAGGAGACUUUGGCCUGAUGAGGGCGCUGCCCAACAACCACGAGCACUACGUCAUGCAGGAGCAUCGCAAGGUCCCCUUUGCAUGGUGCGCGCCGGAGAGUCUGAAGACCAGAACGUUCUCUCAUGCCACUGACACUUGGAUGUUUGGAGUCACUCUCUGGGAGAUGUUCACACACGGCCAGGAGCCAUGGCUCGGUCUCAACGGGAGCCAGAUUUUGCACAAGAUUGAUAAAGAAGGUGAACGCCUCCCUAAGCCUGAAGACUGUCCGCAGGAUGUGUAUCAUGUGGUGCUGCAGUGUUGGGCUCAGAAACCAGAUGACAGACCUUCCUUUGUUGCGCUGCGGGAGUUCUUGCUUGAGACCAUGCCCACAGACAUGUGUGCCCUGCAGGACUUUGAUGAGCCUGACAAACUCCAUAUCCAGAUCAAUGAUGUCAUCACUAUAAUAGAGGGGAGGGCAGAGAACUACUGGUGGAGAGGUCAAAACAAGCGAACCCUAAAGGUCGGACCUUUCCCCAGAAACGUGGUGACAUCGGUGGCCGGUUUGUCAGCUCAUGACAUCAGCCGGCCGCUCAAGAACAGCUUCGUCCACACAGGACACGGAGACAGCAACCCUGAGCGGUGCUGGGGCUUCCCUGACAGGAUUGACGAUCUGUACCUCGGUAAUCCCAUGGAUCCGCCCGACGUCAUCGGGGUCGACCUCAGUGGCGCUCGGCCCACACAGCUACCGGGACGAGCUAGAAAGGAGCCUCCUCCUCGUCCUCCUCAACCAGCAGUGUUAAUCAAGAGUAAGUCUGGUUUCUCUCGGCAGCUCCUCACCCAUUGUUCCUGCCCUCUCUGUUCCCUCCUAGCUCCACUCCUCAAAGGGCCGUGCUACGAUGCAGUGAAUGAUGACGAGGACCUGACCCUGGCGGGUCUAAAGAGAUUAUCGCUUUGGAAAACGGCUUCUGUCAAAGGCCUGAAGCUCAAGCCGUCCGCGUGGGUCUCUGCUUCCAAACAGGGGAGCGGCCGGACUUCGGGCUCAGGCCACAACCCCGGCAGCGAAGUGUCCCUCAUUGACUUUGGGGAGGAGUUCCCCCCGCCGACCCCGUCCCCCUCGCCUGUGGUCGAGAUUCAGGUUCCCACCCUGGCAAAGCUGGCGUUGGAAGCAGAGAACCUCCUGGACCGGACCCCGCCUCAGAGCCCGUGCAGAUCGCUGCCCCGCCCCCUUCACCCCACACCAGUAGUGGACUGGGAUGCUCGGCCGUUACCUCCACCUCCGGCCUACGACGAUGUGGCCCAAGACGAGGACGACAUGGAGGUGAGCUCUAUCAACAGCUCGGAGCAGCAGCAUGAAGAGGAGCAGGCUGAGGUCUAUAACCCAGAUGUGGCUCUCCUCUCUAGACCCAAGCUGGAAGGUGAUGCUCUGGUUGCCAGGGGUCCAGACGGAUCAGGUCUUGGGGACAACCUUUUUCUGCCCAGCAAGCAGAGCCAAAUUGUGUCCACCUCCUUCUCCCAGUCAGCAGAGAUCUUCCAAGAGCUCCAGCAGGAGUGCAUGAAGAGGCUCAAUGUACCGACUGGAAGUGCUGCACAGUCAAGCUCUCCAUCUCAAAGUUUAUCCCCGUGUCCCCGGACACAACAGACUGACGAGGGACACAAGCAGAGUGUCUUCUCCUCCAACGAGGACAAACCCCAAAUCCCCCCACGUGUCCCCAUACCCCCUCGCCCCACCAAGAGGGGCGACUACAUGUCUCCCCGCUGGUCACAGGAUCUCUCCCUGUCACCAACGCCGGCCGACGUCAGAGAAGAAGCUUUAGGCCGGGGACAACCCCCCCAGAUCCCCCCCCGAGACCCUUUGUCCCAGCCGGGGUCCAGGACUCCCAGCCCCAUGGGCCUGGUGGUGGGCUCCCCCCAGCAGAGACUCUACUCUGUCAGCCCCGUCUUAACGCAGGCUCACCACACCCCGUGUCCGCCGGCACACACGUAUGGUUCCCACCUCUCCACCUCGCCAGGUAAGCUCAUGCCCACCACGCACAGCUUCGCCUCGGACCCAAAAUACGCCGCACCCAAAGUGAUCCAGGCCCAGGGGCACGGGAGGGACUCGGCCAGCAAAGGCCCGUGCAUCCUCCCCAUCGUCCGCGAUGGACGCAAGGUCAGCAGCACCCACUAUUACCUCCUGCCGGAGAGGCCGCCCUACCUCGACCGCUACGACCGCUUCUUCAGGGAGGCCGACCCCCAGCCUGCGGGGGGUGUGGAGGAAAGGCCCCCGCGGCAGGCGAACACCGCCACGGUCCGACCCAUGGUGGUCGGCGGCCAGUUUCUCCAGGGACACGCCCCGGGGCCGGCGCUUGUCCAGCCGGGUGAGCUGAAGGCUAAUUUCUCCUCCAACAACAACAGCAGCAGCAGCAGCCUGGGCGGGCCGCGGCCGGGGAUGAAGACAUCCGCUAGUCUACCUCGCGUCGCUUCUGACGGGCCGACGGCAGCGGUGGUCCCCGCGUCCUGCGCCGGGACGGAUGGCGGCGGGAACUCGGCUGACAGGGUCAAAAUGGUGCAGGCGGCAGUUCAUGGAGUCACAAUAGAGGAGUGCCAAGGCGCCCUCCAAAACCACAGCUGGAACGUCCAGAAAGCUGUGCAUUUUCUCAAGGUGGAGCAGCUGUUCUGCUUGGGUCUGCGGAGCAGAUCAGAGUGUCUAAAGCUGUUAGAGAUGUGCGACUGGAACCUGGAGGUGGCCAGCACUCAGAUGUUGGACAACUAUGGAUCCUCAACAAGGCAGAGACGGUGACUGAUGAGCUCUGAUUGGAACUUCAUCCUCAGUAAAAGGACAUCGGUGAAUGGGCAGCCGACCCUUUUCGUAUAUGCUGCGGAUGCUCGUCCAAUCAGAAGACUGUUAUUUAGCAAUGGAAGAAUCAAGCACAUUUUACCUGAACCGGCACAAAAUACUUCAUUAUUAUGACUCUAUUCACAUGGACUAUUUGUUUGGGAGUAAAAAAUCUUUUUGGACUUUGACGACCUUUUCUAAGUGGUUCAGAGAGAAGAAUAAAUGACAACGCACUUUCAAGUUCAACCUGAGAUGCGUCGUCCAAACAGGUUCCCUGCGGUAACAGAUCGUGGGCGCUAACUACCCUACUGGGACACUUCCAAGGGUCCUCGUUGUCCCACAAUUGCUGUUCUUUUGAUAAUGUCCACAAAACAGCGGUUUGACAGGGAAUUUGAAGAAAGCAACAUAACACAAUUGAAUCCGGCGCACUUCCUAGGAUUUAAUCAAACUACAGUGAAUGCAGAUUUGACCUACAUUUAAAAUGUAUAAAGAGACAUUUAUGUGUUUGUUUACAAAAUAUCGAUAAUAUUUAAAUAUUUUUUGAACAUAAUGCUAAGAGACGAGAGAAGACUGUUAUGAGACACUAAAAGUAAUUUGGUGAAUUAUUUAAAAAAGGGCUGAAGAGCUGAAGGGCUAUGCAGUCACUCGACUCUUGCUACUAAAACCUUUCCUUAUUCAUUGCCCAAACAUAUUUUUUGUACAUCAGCUGAAAACUCCUGCCAGCUGGGUAUUUUCUGCACACUACGUUGGCAGCUAAUAACAGCAAUGCAGCAGAAUUUACCCCGAGGGGCAGAUCCUGUUCUAUCACUUAAAAUGACAAACGUUAUAUUUCGGUCAGCAGCUUUGGAGGCAAUCAUUUAAAACUGGAAAGGACUUGUCAGCUCUGUGUGAACCUUCUGCUGGGCAGAAAAUGCAUUUUUCUGACUGGGUAUUGUCACAGUGGAGCCCUGAGCGAUGAACAUGAAAAACCUCUGGGCACAUGUUCUCCCGUUUUUAUUUCGGCUGCACCUCGAGUGUGAGGACUCCACAACAGGGAUGAAAGGCUUCCAUUUGCUUCUAAAAUUCACUUUUUCCAACCAACCAAAUACUUUUUAGGGAUUCUAUUGUGCAGCACAUACGGCCCUUUGGUGCUAUAGAAGAGGAAAACAAACUUUUUUUGUGUGUACAAUUGCAAUAUAAAUGGUUUUCCCCCAUUAAGUCAUUUACUUUGCUCAAACUAAUCCCUCCUGUGAAGGGUCCCGGCCCAAUCGGUCCAAGGCCGGAGCUCCAAAUGGUGUGUGAAAAAGCUAAUAUAGAACCACAACAAGCCUGCUGACUGCCUCUGAAAAUCAAGAUACGAAAGUGUGUCUAGAAUACAUUUUCUAAAUGACGUACAAGACAGAUUGCGGACGACAACCUGGAGUCAAAGCUUCCUCCUGUGUGCAAUAAGGCUGCCGUAGAACCCGGGACCUCCCGGUCUGGACGUCCUUCAGAAAACACCAUUUUCAGAACAAAGUGUUUGUGAGAGUGAGUCGUCCUCCCGAUAGCCGGCUAAAAUUGUACUUAAAAACUUUUCCCCUCUAAUGUGUUGUGGUAACGUUGAUUGUUGAGGAGAAGUCGGUUCGUGUGUUGUUUGAAUACGAAGCUGCUGAAGUGUUCUGAAGGACUGAAGUGAUCCUUGUGGUGUUGUGAUCGACCCAAAGCAACAUCGUCCUGUUGUUGUUUCUACUCCGAUGUUUGAAAACUGUUCUGUUUUGUCUUUGUUUGACAUAUCAGAUUCUUCAGAAAGAAUUUGUAUAUAUUUGCUUCUCAGAAUUGGUUUUAUUGGCCUGUUUCACUCCUCCUGGGUUGUUAGAAAUGUUUAAGAGAAGAUCAUGCUGCCGAAUUUAUAAAUGUAUUUUUUAUUAAAGAUUUCAUUAUUUUUUA